UUCUACUCGACCAAAAGAAUCAAAACUAAGAGUGCCUCCUCCUCCUCCUCCUGCUUCUUCUUUGGUUUCAUUCUUCUAGGGAUCAAGGGAUUGGUGUUGUCUUGUUCUGUUCUUGGUUCUAUUUUGCAUUUGCGGGGGGUGGAAGUAGGGGAAUCGAUGGAAACCAUCUCCGUAGGCUGAGAAGUUUGGCAUCUUUGGAGUCUGCUUUCAAUGUAAUGAAGGAUCGCAGUGUUUUGAUUGCUCAGCUUCUUAUUCGGUUUAAAUGGGUUUCAAGAGGACUUAGUAGCUUGUGGUUGGAAUGAGUCGCACUUUGCUUCCAAAGCAUGUAGCCAGCGUCAUAAAAUACCAGAAUGACCCACUUAGGGCUCUUGAGAUGUUCAACUCAGCCUCGAAGGAAGAUGGGUUUAAGCAUACUAUCUUCACUUACAAAUGUAUGGUAGAGAAACUUGGACUUCAUGGGGAGUUUAAAGCCAUGGAGAAUGUUAUUCAAGAAAUGAGAAUGAACGUCGACAAUUCUUUACUUGAAGGAGUAUAUAUUGGUGCAAUGAGGAGUUAUGGAAGAAGAGGGAAAAUACAAGAGGCUGUGGAUACAUUUGAGAGAAUGGAUUUUUAUGAUUGUAAGCCAACUGUUAUAUCUUAUAACGCGAUUAUGAAUAUUUUGGUCGAGUUCAAAUACUAUGAUCAAGCCCACAAAGUAUAUCUAAGAAUGCUGGACAAGGGAUUUGUACCUGAUGUUUACACCUUUACAAUCAGGAUUAAAUCAUUUUGUAGAACAAGAAGACCACAUGCAGGACUGAGGCUUCUCAGAAACAUGCCAGAGAGAGGGUAUGAUCUCAAUGCAGUUGCAUACUGUAUGGUGAUUUGUGGUCUUUACGAAGAGAACUUUCAUAUUGAGGCUUGCAGUCUGUUUGAUGAAAUGCUUGGGAGCAAGAUCUUACCUGAUAUAGUUACAUUUAAUAAGCUUGUACAUGUGCUUUGUAAGAAAGGAGAUGUUCCAGAAAGCAGCAAGCUUCUUGCCAAAGUUAUGAAGAAAGGAAUAUCACUAAAUUUGUUCACAUACAAUAUACUAAUCCAAGGGCUUUGCAAGGAAAACAAAUUGAUGGAGGCUGUUUCUUUGUUAGAACGUAUGGAGAAGGGUCUGGCUCCUGAUGUGAUAACCUAUAAUACACUUAUCAGUGGUUUAUGCAAGAACUCUAAAGUUGUUGAAGCUGAGAACUAUUUGCAUAAAAUGGCAAAUGAAGGCUGCAUUCCUGAUGAUUUUACAUAUAAUACCAUCAUAGAUGGGCAUUGCAAAAUGGGGAAGGUACAAGAUGCUUGUAGACUUUUAAAGGAUGCAGUUUUCAAGGGGUUUGUGCCUGAUCGAGUAACAUAUUGCUCCCUGAUUAAUGGAUUAUGUGAAGAAGGUGACUUUGACAGAGCGUUGAAUAUUUUUCAUGAGGCUCAGAACAAUGGGCUGAAGCCUGAUAUCAUUAUCUACAAUUCAUUAGUCAAGGGGCUCUCUCGACAAGGUCUAAUCUUGCAGGCUUUGGACGUGAUGAAUGAAAUGAUGGAAAAUGGCUGCAGCCCAGAUAUUUGGACAUACAACAUCAUAAUAAAUGGGUUAUGCAAGAUGGGAAAUGUUUCUGAUGCCAAUAUUGUCAUGAAUGAUGCCAUAGCAAAAGGUUAUCUUCCUGACAUUUUUACCUUCAAUACAUUGAUUGAUGGCUACUGCAAGAGAUUGCAGCUGCACAAUGCUUUGGAAAUUGUUGAUAGGAUGUGGACUCAUGGUGUCACACCUGAUGCUAUCACUUUUAAUUCUCUGUUAAAUGGGCUAUGCAAAGCUGGAAAGACUAGUGAUGUCAUGGAGAUAUUCAAAGAGAUGGUUACAAAGGGGUGCUGUCCUAAUGUUAUCACAUAUAAUAUACUGGUAGAGAACCUCUGCAAAGCCCGGAGAGUAAAAGAGGCUUCUGACUUGCUUAUGAAGAUGAUGAAUGAAGGCUUGACUCCAGAUGUUGUCAGUUUUAACACAUUGAUACAUGGAUUCUUCAGGAAUGGUGAUCUUAAUGGAGCCUAUGAAAUAUUCAGAAGACUGGAGCAAGACAAGUUCUCUGCUACAACUGAUACAUAUAAUAUAAUGAUCUCUGCAUUUUCCGAGAAGUUAAAUAUUCUUAUGGCAGAGAAGAUUUUCAAUGAGAUGGUCAGCAAGGGCUGUUCUCCAGAUGCAUAUACUUAUCGUGUUUUAGUCAGUGGCUUUUGCAAGACCGGAAAUGUUGAUCGUGCGUAUGAAUUUCUUAUAGGCAUGAUUGGUAAGGGAUUUAUUCCAGCAAUGGCAACAUUUGGACAGGUGAUAAACUGUCUCUCAGUAAAGGAAAGAGUUGAUGAAUCUGUUGGUAUUAUUCACAUUAUGGUAAGUAAUGGUGUUGUCCCUGAGAUUGUGGAUACCAUAUUUAGUGCUGAUAAGAGGGAAAUAGCAGCACCAAAGAUCCUUGUAGAGGAGUUGCGGAAGAAGGGUUAUAUUACUUAUUAUGCCUAUGAACUCCUUUAUGAUGGAAUCAGGGAUAAGAAGCUAUUAAGAAAAUGGCGUCGCCUGAAAUGUUUCUGAGGACAUGAUAUUUGGUCUCUGCUGCUGAUUUUAGUUUCCUAAAAUAACUAAACAGGAAGUCUGCUUCCCUGAAUGUGGAACCUUCUGCACACUCUUCUUAUGCCUGUUACACUGGGGCACUCAUCUGCUGUAAGCUUUAUUCAGCAACAUUAGUAACCAGGAAUCCCUUUGAAUUUGACAAUGCUCUAAUUGUAUGGGUUAUUCUUGGACCAUUAUCAUUUUUUGGUUGUAUUCUUGCAGAUGCAGCCAUCAGAGGUUUGUCUAGAUAUUUCUUCUGCUAUAAAUUGUACUUUUCACAUGCUUGUUGAUUGUACCAUUCACUUUUCAAUCAUUUUUUCCCUUCCCCCUUCCAAAGGUAGUUCUUAUCUGUCAUCACCAUUCUAAUUGUUAUCUUUCAUUAAGAACAGACCAAUUUGAAGAUAUCAUGCAAUUCAUUACAUAUUGCUUUUAUUAUAUUUUCAGAACCUAAUUUACUAAAGUAGUGUUGAGAUACUGGAGCACAUAUUGAAGCAUCAUGUAUUCAUGGAAAAAAAAAGAAUAUGUGAAAACUUAUUAUUUCUUAGCUGGCUUGACCUAAUUAGCUCAGCCAAGCUCCACUUCAAUAAGCAUGUUUUGAACUAGGGUUCAUGCAUUACCCACUUAUGCUUUACCUUUUCCUGAUUCGCAAAAGCACCUCAGGAGUUUGAUAAAUCUUAUGCUUUAAUAAUUGUAUUGGUUGGUCUAGAGGUACUUAAUAUAAUUUAUAUUACAUUUUUGUGCAGGUCUGCUUGUUAUCUCUGCUGAUUAAAUUAUAGUCACUUGUGAUAUUGGGAGUUAUUACUUGCUUAAAGAAAAGUAACUUAUUCUAAAACGGAACUGUUUGAUUUCUUCCUUUGAAGAUUAUCACUGGAAAAUGAAGUGAAGGUGGCAAAGUCCCUCUCAAAUGUGUUUCUACUACAAUUUUUGAAGUUGAAUUAUGGUAAGUUAGAGGUUAUGAACUUCCCUCCUGCUAUUAAUUGGGCAUAUGGAUCCAAUUAGAAGGAUGAAGAUGGCAACCAUAAACACAUUUACCAUCAAGCUAAGGCAGCUACUACUCUUCAAUUCACAAAUGGACUGCAUUUUAUGGCAAUGAGGGUUUGACAAUACCAACGCAUAGAGAAGAAUCUUUGACAUGGAAGUCCUCAGAAAUUCAUGAUUUCAUUACCCCCAACAGAGAGCCAUCAAAGCUGGAAAAUGAUAUACUGGUAGCUAGGCAUUAAGCUAUCACCAACUACAAGGCAUGUUAACCGAGUCAAGCUCUUACAAGUUUACAAUCAUUCAUCAAUUUAUGAAUGUCCAUUCAAACUUUUUCAUUAUGUGACAGUUGUUUUCUCCUCUUACAUGUUAACAUACAGCUCCAUGAUUUGAUUCCAUACUUUGUAGGGCCUCUGACAUUACAAAAUUUCCAGUGAAUGUCAAUGGGAUCAAAAUCUGCCGGUUGGCACUCCUCUCCUGCGAAUCUGUGGAGAGGUCGCAUGUUUGAACAUAGAUGCUGGCACCCCCUACCAUAAACAACCAGCAUACUAGCAGUAAGAUUUUUCUCAUGCCAAGAGCCAAUAGUUGCUGGUGUUGUUUAUGUCAAAAUUGAUUGGGGAAGCAACCUGAUACUAGCACAAGGAAGUAGCAUAGAAGCCUUUUCUGAGUUAACUAUGUUGGUAUAUUUACCUGGUGAUAUAAGCUGAAUGUACUUGAUAUUGAAUCAGUUGCUGUAAUUGCAAAUAGGCAUAUGAUGCUCUUCUUCAACUGCAGGGCUGAACUGGCCACAUAUAAUCCGGUCCUGACCGUAUUCUUUUUCAUGUAUGAUAUUUACUGGGCACGGACAUGUCUAUGUGUAUGGGUCCCGGAUAUUUAAAUAUUUUUGGACCUGGGUUGGAUGUGGAUAUUGAUUGGCUAUUUGUAUAUCAAAGUACAUAUAUUGGUACAUCAUAAAGAUACUUUAUCUACUCUUCGUGGUAUAUACGGGUUUUAAUUUCUUUCUUUGUUUUUCUUUUCUUUUCUUUUCUUUUGGUAGAUGAUGGCUGUAAGAAACUUUGGUUGUAUACUUAUAUUAGUUGUUUACAGAAUAAAUUUGAGUUUUGUUGGUU